AUUUAACUGCGCAAAAAGUCCUGUGUGGUGACGGAUGUUUCAAAGUUCAGAACUUUUUCCAAACAGUCCCAAGGAUGGGGACGGCUUGACGACCAUUCUCUUUUUUAUUAUUAUUGUCGUCCCUUUUUUAAAAAAGUGAACCAGCAAGGAGCUGUGAUUUGGGUCAUCAUCGGAGGGAGAAGUGGAGCUCACCCCUCGCAGAUUCUGGAUCGAAGCGCAGACAUGCAGGCUCGCUACUCCGUCUCCAGCCCCAACUCCCUGGGCGUCGUGCCGUACAUCAGCGGCGACCCCAGCUACUACAGGGCUGCUGCCGGCGGGGGCUACACGGGCAUGGCAGCGCCCAUGAACAUGUACUCUCACGCGGCGCACGACCAGUACCCCGCCGGCAUGGCGCGCGCGUACGGACCGUACACCCCGCAGCCUCAGCCCAAGGACAUGGUGAAGCCCCCCUACAGCUACAUCGCGCUCAUCACCAUGGCCAUCCAAAACUCGCCCGACAAGAAGGUGACCCUGAAUGGGAUUUACCAGUUCAUCAUGGAGAGGUUCCCGUUCUACCGAGACAACAAGCAGGGCUGGCAGAACAGCAUCAGGCACAAUCUGUCUCUGAACGAGUGCUUCGUCAAGGUGCCCCGCGACGACAAGAAGCCCGGCAAGGGCAGCUACUGGACCUUAGACCCGGACUCCUACAACAUGUUCGAGAACGGCAGCUUCCUGAGGAGGAGGCGGCGGUUCAAGAAGAAGGACGCGCUGAAGGAGAAGGAGGAGCGCCUGCAGAAGGACCUGCCGCCCAGGCAGCAGGGCCGGGAGCAGGAGCAGCCCGUGCAGGGCUCCCAGCCCGUCAGGAUCCAGGAUAUUAAGACUGAGAACGGGGCCGUCACGCCUCCGCAGGCCGACUCGCCCUCCUUGAGCGCGGUGCCCAAAAUCGAGAGCCCGGACAGCAGCAGCAUGUCCAGCGGGAGCCCCCACAGCAUCCCCUCCAGCAGGUCGAUCGGUAUGGACAGCUCCGAGCACCAGCAGCAGCAGCAGCAGCACCAGCAGCAGCAGCACCACGGCCAGGCCUCUGCGCAGGGCUUCAGCGUGGACAACAUCAUGACUUCACUCCGGGGGUCUCCACAAGGGGUCACCGAGCAUCCCUCCGGCCUGGCCGCCUCCACUAGGACAGCAGGUAUAACGCCAUCUUUGUCCCUGAACUAUUCUCCAAGCCAGACAUCUGUAUAUAGCUCGCCAUGUAACCAGAACUCCACUACCUCCAACGCUACCUAUCAUUGUAACAUGAGCCUAUACGCCGGGGACAGAUCGAGCCACUUGGCACCGAGCACGGUGGACGAAACGUUGCCAGAUUACUCGGUCACGACCACCUCGUCCUCCCUGGCCCACGGGAAUCUGAACUCGGGGCAGGAGGGGCCCCAUGCCCACCAAGGGAGGCUAGCCUCAUGGUACCUGAACCAGGCCGGAGACCUGGGUCACCUGGGCGCAACGUACCCGGCGCAGCAGCAGAACUUCCACUCGGUCCGUGAGAUGUUCGAAUCCCAGAGGAUUGGCUUGAAUAACUCGCCGGUGAAUGGGAAUAACAGCUGUCAGAUGUCAUUCCCACCGAGCCAGUCCAUCUAUCGCACUUCGGGAGCUUUUGUGUAUGACUGCAGCAAAUUCUGACCGAAAUCAAAAGAGAAGAGAAACGAAAGAAGGAAGGAAAUGCUCAGUAUUUUUUUGUUUUUUUGUUUAACCACAUGUUUGAACUCUGUCGUUAAAACUCGUCCUUUUACCUCUGUUUCCUGCCCCAUAUGGACUAAUGUGAGACAAAAAAAGACAGAAAAGACUUGAUCCUGUUUUUUUCCCCCCUAAAGAACAGUGUUACUGCAAAUAACACGUAAGUUUCUCCUUUUUUUUUUUUUGCUCUUUUUUUUGCUCUUGUGGCUGUGAUAGAUGUGUCAUUUGUCUUGGACGUGUACAAUUGCAAAUAUACUAAUUUAUUUCUAAAACUGUCGCCAAAUAUCAUGGACCAAACACCCCAAAAGUGUUUUUGUUUUUUUUAUUUGAAUUGCCUUAACUGCCCAAAAAGUAUGUUCCAUUAUAGAAGUGCAGAGGGAGAAAGGGAACGUGUAUAUCGCCGUGCUAUUUUAAUUAAAUGUUGAAAAGUAUUCUGAAGGAAUUUUUUUUGUUUGUUUGUUUAAUAAAUUGUCAUUUUAUGUCAUUUA